CCCGCGUGAGAGUGAGGGUGAAGUCUGGCGUCACUAUAGGGUGCACUCUCAAUGUCAGCGCGCUGAGCGAGGUAGCAGCGCCCCAGUGUGGCCCCGCAGCCGCUUCGGCCACCUAAGCCGUCCGUAGUGCCUGUACUUUUUUGGCCGACAGUACAUAUCUAGCGCAAUGUCAUCAGUGAGAUAACACCACAGGGAAGGCCUGAAGUAGAGAUAGCGAGAACGAGCGCUGUAGCGGCGGUUUCAGUCAAGGCCAGCUAAAGACGUUAUAAGUAACAUCGUGAGGAAACACUUCGUUAGAACAGCCAGGCGGCGGAAUUCGGUGCGGACACAAGCCACGGCUUCCUUGAAAACGUCUGGCUUCUACUACCAAACGGUUAUCUUCUGUCAUAUCACCUUCUCCAGCCAUGAGACACAUCAAGACCGUGCAAGGCAUCCCUUUCGGGUGCUUUUUCCCAAACGACGCCAUUCUUUCGGCUUUGUCUUAUAAACCGCGACCAGGUGACAUUUUUGUCACUGCAUACCCAAAGUGCGGCACAACCUGGGUUCAGUACGUCUCAUACGGCAUCUUACACGAUGCUAAGCCACCGGCGGAACUUUCACAAUUCCUCGCCGCAUCACCGUUUGUCGAGCUUUUCGGUGCCGCUGCUGUUGAGACUAUGUCUAGGCCAGGCACCAUCAAGACUCACCUUCCUUUUGAAGAGAAUAGAUUUUCGUAUAACGCUAAGUAUAUCUACGUCGCUAGAAACCCUUACGACGUCUGCGUCUCUGCCUACCAUCAGAUCCGAACGAUGACGGUCGCCGAAGAAGAUGUCAUCACCUUCGACGAGCACGUCAAGCGCUUUGUAUCCGGCCGCAGCAACUACGGAUGCUACUUAAAAGGCAGCCUCAUUCCGUGGUACACUCGAAGACACGAGAGCAACGUUCUCUUCCUCACGUACGAAGAGCUGCACGAUGACGCCAAGCUGCAGGUGAAGAGGAUUGCCGAGUUCUUAGGUCCCGAGUACGGUCGGCGCGUGUCCAGAGACCCAUCCAUGCUGCAACGCGUGGUCGAAAUGACAUCGAAGGAGAGCAUGCGCCCACUCUUCAAGAAUUUUCUCAUGGCCGUCAUCGAGCUCGCCGUACAGCACAGCAAGCGUAGAAACGCGCCCAUCCCGAAGGAGCUGGAUGGCCUGCUGAAAUCCUUGAGGAACCGUGCACCUACACACGACUUUGUGCGUGAAGGUUCUGUGGGGGGCUACAAGAAAUUUAUUUCUGACAAUCACCGACAGACACUGGAAGACUGGAUUUCGGCAAGCACGUUAGGGAGUGACGUCACCUGCCUUUGGUCCAGAGUCGUUCUUCCGUAAUACGCUAAGGUCUUUCGUAACAGAACAGUACUUUACGUCGUGUCACAACAGAUGACCAAGCAAAAUCAGUAAGCCUGGAUGUAGGACUGGAGUAUUAUAUCGCCAAUCACUGCCGAACGUGUCACUGCUAUGCGUCUAUUUGCGUCACACGAAUUCUUGGCCGCUGCUGGCUUUAAUAGAAUCUAUUAGCCAUUGAAGUGUGCAAAAAAAAAAAACGAGGCAAUCGCAUUACCAUCCCUUCAGUUCGUAUCUGAAGUACGAAGAUAUAUGAACGUGAGUAAAUUAGGUACGUUAUCCUACUUCGAUAGGAGGCGAAUUAACUUCCCGGAAUUCUUGACGCGUGUGCGAGAGGAAUUUUAUUUUCGUUUUGCAUUAUUUUCCACCCACAUUUUCACAGCUUUAGUAAGCCUUCAUUGAAAGCCUAGCACCUUUCUUAUAUUGUGGAUGACUGCACAUUUUUUUUUUACCAGUUCAUAUUGUGGUGCUCCACUUGGUCAACCAACUAGCCCUCUUCUAAGCUUUAAAAAGUUCGUAAAAACGUUUUCACCGAGCUUGGCUUCGUCUUGUGCAAUACCCAGAGAAUCUAUUUUCGCUUUCGCAGCGCGUUUUACUGAUGAUGACCACAUCGCGACUGCACACAAUGAACGAAAGGACACGGUGCAGGCAAGCGCCUGCCUCCGUCGUGCCUGUCCGUCCUUUGUCUGCAAGCCAUGGCUUACCAGCUAGCCCGGCCUCACACCUCGUUUUAUUCACCUGGUUUAGAGCCACAUAUUACGUGUAAUUCUUGCAUUGCAGGAAGAUAUAAUUAUCCUUUAAGGCUAUGUGAAUUCAGGUAUCACUAACAUGUUUGUACACCAUUGUCCUAUGCAUGGACUGUUCAGGAUGGCUCAGAAGAUAUGGAAAGGCGUGCACUAGCAUUAUUGUGAUUUGUUUGUUGAGUACCGUGUGUUAGGAAUGCAGUGUUUGCAUAUACGUCCUUUUCUGUAACGCAUGCAAAAAGAAAUGGCUCCUUCUUACGCCGCGACAUCUACCAUUCAUUGUAUUCUUUGUUAGCAUAUAGCCCUCCCCAAAUGGCGUUGUGGUUGAAUCACACUGCUUUAAAUAUGACACUACAUAUGCCUUAUCGCAAAUUGAAUUUCUGUACAAAGCGAAACGUUAAAAUAUAUUCACAUGCCGUGCACAAUUUUCGACAAG